UUGUUUUAUCCUUCUCUCGCCGUCGCCUCCUCACGCUUCUCUGCCUUUCACCUGACAACCUUUUCAUGAACCGAAACCAUCACCCGAACCGCGUCCAAAGAGGCGGUAAAUCGCGCUACAGACCAUUAAAAUUCCGGCUUGUACCCAUCAAACGAGCGCAUUGCGUCCUUUCUUGGAACAACCGGGGCCUGUAGAAGGGGCCUGUUUAGUCUCGCAGCGCGCUGGAGACUGACGGGUUGCCUGGCAGCGAAGCUGUUCCUCCUUGGUCGCGGCUAGGGGCUGGGUAGCUAGGAGGUAAGUUACGCACGUUAUCGUCGCGCUUAAUGGUUGCAGGAAUGUCGUCUUCACCAUGCCUCGAUAUUCACCACUCCGCCAAGGCCGUAAUUCAAUGGCAGUCCGACACCACGACACAUACUCUGGCAAAGCCAGAUCCCCAAGUCAGCUCUAUAACAUUCACCUGCCGCUUCGACAAAACAUGCGCCUUCUUCGAGCUGAGCAUUCCCGUCAAGCUCAAGGGAUUAGACACCACCACGGCCGUUACAUUACGCGCAUGCGCCUCGUCCAUAGUCUCUCUGGACGUAGUCAAGAACCCGACUGUUCCCGUCACAAUACAAAGAGAGUUUGACUCUCCCACUCUGUGCCUCAAUUUCUCCUUGAACCACCACCUCAACGUCCUUGUUCCCACUCCUGCACUAGAGCCGCUAUCUCCCGCCCGAAAACAUUCAGGCGCAGUUCUUGACGCGAUCCGUGACCUUUCCAAUGCCACCGUUCUAUCCAUCUUUAUCGAGGCUCAGGCCGCACCCUCGUCGCUCCAAUCCAUCAGUGAUGCCGUCACUGAGGGUUUUCUCAAGUCUUUUCACAGCCUCCGAUAUCAUCUUGCUAGUAUGUAUGGCGGCCUCGGAGCCAAGCUUAUCGAUCUGUCGGUUCAGACAUCACUCCCACCGCCGGCCUAUGACGAUACCGAUCCGCCGCCACCGCCACCGAUCGAUUGCAAUUACAAUAAGAAGCGCCCUCGACAAGACAGCCAGUCCCCACGCAGCAGUGAUAUCGCCCUCAUUUGGGAUGAGCUGCGGUCUUUAAAAGAGACCAGAUGUCGGGAUCAAGUACGAAUCGAAGCCUUGGAGACGGAGAAUAAGAGAUUGAGACAAGAGAACGAAGAGCUGGUUAGAGGCAUGGAUACGAUGCGAGAGCGAUGCAAUGCCUUGGAAGAUGGCUUCGAAGUUCUCAACAAGUCCACCGAGGGCUUUAUGGAUACAUAUGAUAACGAAUUGACGGAAUUGCGCGACGACAUCCACUCGCUGGAGGGAAUGGUCAACUUCCUACAAGAGGGUCAAAUCAGUGACGAGACGGCGAAGAGGAUAAAGGAUGCCGUUGUUAAGGAUAUUACAACACGGCUUUCGGCAGAUUGAGCUGUAACGUCUGUUAAUAGGCCAGCCAGGUGCGGCCUUGACUCGGCUACUUUGCAAUCUAGGGAUAAACCACCCACAUACUCAUCACAUAUGCUUGCGAUGUCUUGAGAUA